ACUUGCCAAAAUCCCCUGAUUUUUCAACCACAAAAUCUAAUAUGAAGGAAAACAAAGAAAAACAUUACCAAACCAAAACAAAACAAAAUAAAAAAUCAAUACGCGCCCAUCCAUCUUUGCAAGGAUCAAGCUUUCCUACAUCUGUAAAAUGACUACUACUCCAAAACCAGUUCAUUUUCUUCUACUUAUCUAUGUAUGCUUGAAAACCCUGGUCUUAGCUCAAGAUGAAAACCAAUUCAUCUACAAUGGCUUCCAAGGAGCCAAUCUUCAUCUUGAUGGGCUUGCACAAAUCCAUCCCAAUGGUCUAUUGCAGCUCACCGACACUUCUGUGCUACGAACUGGCCAUGCUUUCUACCAACUUCCUAUAAAAUUCAAUGAUUCCUUACCUCAAACCCUUUCAUUUUCCACCAAUUUUGUCUUCGUUAUGGUUCCCGAAUACCCAGAUGUUAGUGGUCAUGGAAUUGCCUUUACCAUCUCACCAUCUACGAACUUCACUGGAGCUUUUGAAAGCGAAUACUUGGGACUCCUCAAUCCUACCAACAACGGUCUCGCUUCAAACCAUCUGUUGGCAAUUGAGCUUGAUACUAUUAAGAACCGUGGAUUCAAUGACAUAGACAAUAAUCAUGUUGGAAUUGAUGUUAACAACUUAACAUCCAAUGAUUCGGCGCCUGCUUCAUAUUAUUCCAGUAGUGAAGGAAAAAACAAGACUUUGAAGCUCAUAAGUGGGAAUCCAAUACAAGUUUGGAUAGAUUACGAUGGAAUGGAGAGCCUACUCAACGUAACACUAGCUCCUAUCCCAAGCCCCAAACCAAAUCGACCUCUCUUGUCAACACACAUCGAUCUUUCUCCGAUCCUCUUGGAUCCUAUGUAUGUUGGCUUCUCCUCCUCUACUGGAGCAACUGCAACUAACCACUAUAUUCUUGGGUGGAGCUUCAACAAAAGUGGGAAAGCACAGAGCAUAGAAAUUUCAAAGCUUCCUCCUUUCCCCCAUCAAAGAAAACCAAGAGGAAAACCAGGUAUAUCAAUUUUAGUCUCAUUGGUAACAACAAUAAUUAUUCUGAUUAUCAUAAUAUUCGGGGUUGUUUGUUGUGUGAGGAGAAAAAAAUAUGAAGAAAUACAAGAAGAUUGGGAACAAGAAUAUGGCCCUCAAAGAUUUUCCUAUAAGGAUCUCUAUAAAGCUACCAAAGGUUUCCAAAGCACAGAACUUCUUGGAGUAGGAGGUUUUGGAAAGGUAUAUAGAGGAGUACUUCCCUCUUCCAAGGAACUAAUUGCAGUCAAGAAAAUUUCCCAUGAUUCAAGACAAGGGAUGAGAGAGUUUGUGGCUGAAAUUGUUAGCAUGGGAAGACUAAGGCAUAGGAACUUGGUAAGACUCCUUGGCUAUUGUCGACGAAAGGGAGAGCUUCUCUUGGUUUAUGAUUAUAUGCCCAAUGGAAGCCUUGACAAGUUCCUAUUUGGUAGCGAACAAGAGUUGAAUUGGGUUCAACGUUAUCAAAUCCUCAGAGGAGUAGCGUCUGCGCUUCAGUAUCUACAUGAAGAAUGGGAGCAAGUUGUUCUUCAUAGAGACGUGAAAGCUAGUAAUGUUUUACUUGAUGCUGAUCUAAAUGGACGGCUAGGAGAUUUUGGGCUUGCAAGAUUGUAUGAUCACGGAGAAAAUCUAGAAACUACCAAUGUGGUUGGCACUCUGGGCUAUCUUGCACCGGAGUUUAGUAGAACCGGCCAGGCAACUACAAGCACCGAUGUGUAUAGUUUUGGUGCAUUCAUGCUUGAAGUGGCUUGUGGAAGGAAGCCUAUAGAGACACGAAGAUUGCCUGAAGAGAGGGUUUUAAUUGAUUGGGUUAUUGAGAAUUGGAAACAAGGAGCUAUUCUUGAGACAAGUGAUCCUAGAUUGAGAGGCGAAUAUUUGAAAGAGGAAAUGGAAUUGGUUUUGAAGCUAGGUCUGUUUUGCUCGCACACUAAUGCAGCGGUAAGGCCUAGUAUGAGGCAAGUGGUGCAAUACUUGGAUGGAGAUGCCUUGUUUCCAAAUGAUAUACUUCUUGAUAUCGUGGGUAUUAGUACACUUGGUGUUCGUAAUGAAGCGUCUCCUGAAUUUGUGUCAUUUCCUUCAUCUGUUCUCAAGGGUUUUCAUGACUCUGCAUCUAGCAGUUUACUCCAUAGUGGCCGAUGAAUUUGAAAAUUUCCAUGCCUUUUGGAUACUAAAACCUGAUUUGAAUGUGUGAUGAAUAAGAAUCAUUGUUCUUAAGGGUUCUCAUUGUUCUUAUUAUGGAAAACGGACAUGAUUUGAAUGUAUGUUGAAUAAGAAUCAUUGUUCUUAUUGUGGAAAACAGACAAGUAAGUAGAUACUUGUUUCAAAGGGAAGCUGAAGAUAAAACCAUGUAAACUGCAAUUGUAAUUGUUGCUGUUGUUGUAUAUAUAUCUAUGGCUAAUUAUGUUUUUAGUCUCCAUUGUAUAACAGUAUUUCAAUUUGGUCUUCAAUGUUUAAAUUGUGUCAAUCUAAUCCCCAAUAAUAAAAAGUGUUGUAAUUUUGUC